CGCCGGCGCUGGCGCCGACGCCGAUGGGCUCCGCCGAUCGCAGUAAGAUCGACGGGAUCGUGGUGCCGGAGAAAGGCGCCAGGAGCUGCGUCGAAUGCCGCGCCACCACCACGCCCAUGUGGCGCAGCGGCCCCACCGGGCCCAGGUCACUUUGCAACGCUUGCGGGAUUCGGUACCGAAAGAAGAGGAGGCAAGAGCUUGGCCUAGAGCACAACAAGCAGCAGCAGCAACAACAAAAUAAUGGCGAGGCGAAGACUGGAGUAAAAGACAGCUCUAGCAACAGCAGUAGCGGGAGCAGCAACUUUCACGUGGUGCAGAAACGGAGGCUCCUAAUGGAAGUGGAGGAGGCUGCUCUGCUGCUGAUGACCCUAUCUUCUUCGCCCGCAUCCACAUUGCUACAUGGCUAGGAACCCUGCAACACCAAAUCAACGAUGUACAUACACACACAGGCUUCCCCACCCCACACCUUGCACAGUCACCAUCCAACGAUUCCAGUCCAAAUCGUACAUGUUUCUCACACCAGUCUGAGAUAGGGAAGGAGGGGGCCUAUCUCGGGAUUGUGUGAUCUUCUGAUAGGGGUGGAUGAUUAGUGCCAACCUAAUCACUCCAUUGAUCGUCUUCUUCUCUGUUUCCGUCCUACCUGUAGACCUUGAUGUAUCUGCUAUGUGAGUUGUGGUAGGCUCCAUAACAAGAGGUCCUGUUGAUCUCACUUCCCCACACAUCUUUUUCUCUGUCCUUUUCUCUCUCUUUUUUUAUGUUCUCCCUCUUUCGGUUUUGUAUGUACUUUGAUGUUGCCCCUUUGUGAGGGAUGGAUGAUCAAAAGGAGACGCCAUCCUUUCUCAUUCUGGAAU